GUGAUUGUAGAGGUGGUUUAAUAGGUGGAUUGUCCUAAUUAUUAACAAUUUCGUAUGGAGUUUUAAUCCAGACUGAGAUACAAAUAUUAUAUGGAGAAGCAAAAUAUUCUCAAUGAUUUUGUAGGCGUUUUUUUAUUUCCAUUAGUAUAUGUUUCGUUUCAUACUUAUUACGUAGGAGGUUAUGUGUAAUAACCUUGUAAGCCAACGUAAUAACCCCAAAUAUAUAAACAUAUAUUUUGGGAAGUCACGUUUGCAGUCAAUGGCUUAAUACACUUCGCGUUAGUUAUGUCAGAAAUAAAACAGCAACAAGAAGAAGAACGUGAAGUUCUGUUAUCCAUAUAUGAUGGUGAUCCAGCAUUUAAACAUCUUUCUCCAACUGUUUUCCAAUAUAAGUAUGGAGAAGAUGAGAGUCCAAAAUCAUUCUUAUUGGAAAUUUCCUGGGGUGCAUCAUAUCCUGCAGAAAAGCCCUCUAUCAACAUGGACACUUUUUACAAUAAGCACAUUGUUCCGGAUGUAAAAGACCAAGUUGUGUCCCAAGUGAAAGAAGAAGCAGAACAAUAUCUGGGCACAGCUAUGACAUAUACACUAUUUGAGUUUGUGAAGGAGAAAUUGGAAGAGUUGUUAGCUGGCCAACCAGACAGCUUCGUGAAUGAUGUGACUGACAGUAUCGACAGGAUAACUAUAUCUGGAACACAGGCACUGGAAUCAGCCUCUAAAAAAAUGGUAAAAAAGGAACAGCUAAGCAAGGCACAGAAAAGGAAGCAGUGGGAUCGUGUAGAUGGAAAAGGAGACAGGCCUAGAGGUUGGAAUUGGAUUGAUGUGGUGAAACACUUAUCACAGACUGGACCUAAACAGUCUCCUGACAGUGAGCUUCCAACAACGCCAUCACCACCAUUGAAUUUCUAGUAUAUUCAUGUCAACUUGAUGAGAAAAAAUUAUACUAAAUAUGUUCUGUCUGAAACAAAUAUUUACACACUAAGAAAGUACACUCAGUUGACAAGUUAAAAAUAAAUUCUCAUAGUUUUGCAUGCACAGCUACGUGAAGAAGUAAUUAGACAUGUGUUCAAAUGCCAAGUAUUAGUUCUUAAUCCUUUACAUAUGACACAUGUAUGCCCUUCACUGAAUUGUGAAUGUAUCUGUCUCGUUAUGUGGCAGGAAGUAAAGUGAGCGUAGAAAUUGUGAUGAUUUUGAAACAGUUGCUUCUUGUGUGAUGGGGGGAGGAGGCGAGAGAGAAAAUUUAAAAUUUAUGUUCAGUGGGAAUAAUAUGUGAAGUUCUAAUAAAUAUCUGUAUCUUAGCUUGUGUAAACUUUUUUCUUCCUCAGACAAGUUUGAAUUUGUGAAUUGAGCAUGGCUAGGUAAUUAGUCUGGAUGUAAAAUUAAAUAAUGUGCCUAUCUUCAAUAAACUGUGUGCAUGCAUUAUAUAUGUGAUUAUCUAAAAGUUUGUUUCAGUGGUUGAUUCAUUAAAGGAACACUGUUGGGUCAGGUC